AGGUGCUGCUGUCCAGACUCAAGUGAAAGUUAAGGCUGUGAGCAAGUAGACAGACUAUUUGAUAGGAACUUAGGCUACUGUAGGUGUUAGAAAAAGUGUAUAUAGAGGGCGGAAGUAGAUGCUGAUAUGGAAUCAAUUUCCUGAGCAGUCUGUCUACCUGACGCCGGUGAUGGUGCAGCCUGAGCAUUGAGGAAGGGUGUAGGAAAAUAAUGUGGACUAGAGAUUGAYAGUGACGAGAUGGUAGCGUGGGAAGAGACUGUGCGUGGUCUACAUUGCARAGAUUUUGGGCAACCACAAAAUCACAACGAGAUGCCAUGCUUGGUUAGGCACGUGCCACCCCUGUAGCCGCCUCCAACAUGCCAUUGUGAAAUUCAGAAAAUAAAUAUACAUUGUUAUUUUAUGGACCGAUUAUGACAACCAAUGUUGGAAUAUAUUWGAUUUUUUGAAUARUAUUUAUUGACCUAACGGAUUUAAAUCAACGACCYCAAUGUUCAGAUGUGCAACUAUUAWUUUGAUCGUUUGUUUAUGGUGGUGUUGUGUCGAGGCCGAGACCACUAAUGCUGUCAAAUGUUCAGUCAACCUGACAGAGACCAGCGCCAGGACGGAUUCUAUUGCACUCAAAUUAAUAACAACAGGAGAAGCUUGUAAUUUCACCGUGUUUUAUGAGAAUAGUCGUUCCGAUAUAACGGKUUGUGAUCAAUAUGGGGAGUAUAGUAAUGUGUAUACCUGCGAUAUAAGGGAUUUAGAACCUGGGACGUUACACCACUUUGAAGUGAUAUCGAAGACUGAUGGAGAGAGGAGAAACGUAUCAGUGCGAACAGAUCCGGUUAGUCCAUCCAGGUUGGACGUCCUACCAGACCAGAGUCCUAGUCAGGGUAAUGGUGGCUCUCCAGGCCUGCAUGUAUCCUGGCCUCGCUCUCGCGGGCUGGUCGACUGGUAUGAGCUCACACUACAGGACACUAAAACAGGAGCGACCCGCAAUACUCGCAUCAUGGGCACUGCCGUCCCUCAGUCAGGCUUUACCGCCCUCACCCCUGGCACCCUCUAUGGCCUCAGCCUGGUGGCAAUAGCUGGGAAUAAAACUGCCACGCCAGUGAUGGCCACUGCAACCACAGCUCCCUCAGCCAUCAGCGGCCUCCAGCUCUUGGCCUCCUCCAAKAGCCUGGGUGUUUCUUGGCAGCCCGGCCCAGGCAGGAGAGAGRGUUUCAGAGUGCUGCUGAGGGAGCAGCAGGGCAGCCUGGUCAGGAACGUCACCCUGAAGAGUAGCGUCACCUCCCACAUUCUUAAUGACCUGUUGCCUGGGACACUGUACACUGUCACUGUGGUGACUGAGGCUGGAGGCCUUCAGAACGCUGUCUACAAACAAGCAGUCACAGUCCCCGCGGCGGUGUCAGACCUCCUCUUGGAGAACAACGGCAGUCUGGACUCAUUGAGGGCCUCCUGGGUCACAGCUAUGGGCAGCGUGGACACAUACCUGGUCUCCCUUGCAACCCUGGGUUCAUCCGAUCAGGACAGGARGCUGCCACCCAAUGCCACAGAGGUGGUCUUCAGCGGCCUGACCCCUGGACGAUCCUAUCAGUUGUCUAUGAGGUCAAAGGUCGGYGAGCAGAUGACUGAGGCUGUGACCAUGGGCAGAACUGUGCCAGACAAGGUGUCUCAAUUGACCAUGGUGGGCCUCAGUGAUGGCAGCACUCUGAAGAUGACAUGGUCACCGCCUAGAGGGGAAUGGGAGAACUACCGCAUCCUGCUAAUGAAUGCCACAGUGGCUCUGGUCAAUGAGACACUAAGCAGGCCAGUGAGACAGUACUCCUUCUCUGGGGCUUCCCUGGGGCUGGUGCCUGGCAGGCUUUACACAGCUCAGAUCAUGGUGGAGGCUGGCCCGUUUGGCAACAUUGCUCACUGCCAAGGAAUGCUAGCACCUCGGCCUGUCCAGCAGCUGGUCGUCUGUCACAGUGAUGAGACGUCUCUGAGCGUGCUGUGGUCUCUCCCGGUAGGGGAGUGGGACGGGUACACUGUGAUCCUGAGACAGGGGAACACUGUCGUGUCCCAGAGGACACUGUCCCGUGACACCAGGGAGUGCACCUUCAACGUCCUCACACCCGGARGCCAGUACGCCAUCGCUGUCACGACCAACAGUGGGGGCCUAAACAGCUCGACUUCAGUGAUUGGACGAACCACCCCAGCGCAGGUGACCAGUCUGCGUGUGACCAACGGUGGCAGCACGGACAGCCUCCAGACACAGUGGGAGCGGGCAGCCGGAGAGCUGGACUCAUACCAUGUGCUGCUCAUCCACGACAGCAGCGUGAUCAAGAACGAGAGCGCCCCAGCCCACACCAUGGCCUACAGCUUCCUGGCCCUGAAGCCUGGAGCCCUCUACAGGGUGGUAGUAACCACCAUCAGAGCAGGACAUGCCUCCAGGCAGAGCGUGGCAGAGGGACGCACAGUCCCUGCUGCCGUAGGCGAGGUGACGGUCAGCAACAACGGUCGUAUGGACUUCCUCAGCGUGUCAUGGCGUCCGGCCAAAGGUGACGUGGACAGUUAUCUGGUCACUCUGGGGGACCAGGAGAAGACGGUCCACACCCUGGCCGUGUCCAAAUCCAGCCCAGAGUGUGUGUURAAGUCCCUGGUGUCUGGACGGCUCUAUAACAUCUCCAUCACCUCCAGGAGUGGUGCCUAUGAGAAUCACACCAUCGUACAGGAACGCACACAGCCCUCUAGUGUCCAGAACCCGACAGCGAUCCACUCGGCCAGGGAUGACUACCUGAAGGUGUACUGGCGCCAUGCGGCUGGGGACUUUGACUACUACCAGGUGGUCAUCAAGCACAACAACAUCUUCCACCAGAACAAGACGGUUAUGAAGAGCCAGAACGAGUGUGUGUUCAACGGCCUGGUGCCRGGGAGACUCUACACGGUCAUCGUCAGCACCUGGAGCGGGAAGUAUGAGACAAGCGUGUCUACGGAUGGAAGGACCUUCCCUGCGGCGGUGAGGUCACUAGCCCUGGCUGGGCGGGGAACGGAGGACCUGCGUGUCACCUGGUUGGCUGCUCCGGGGGACGUUGACCACUACGAGGUGCAGCUCCUCUUCAACGACAUGAAGGUMUUCCCGCCCAUCACCCUGGGCAGCAGCGUGGGGGUGUGUGUCCUCUCCUCCCUCACCCCGGGACGCCUCUAUAAGAUCCAUGURUCUACCUUUAGCGGCCCCAACCAGAGGGCCCAGUUCAUAGAGGGCAGGACAGUCCCCAGCAAAGUCAAGAAUAUCCACGUGAGUAACAACGGCCAGAGCAGCAGUCUGAAAAUCAGCUGGACCCCGGGGCAGGGUGACGUGGACAGCUACUCCGUGUCCCUAUUGCUGGGUGGACCAGAGGCACGCAGGCUGGAGACGCGGCCCGUACCCAAACACCAGAAUGAGCUGGGGUUCAGCUCCUUGCAGCCUGGGCAGCUGUACAGUGUGACCGUUAGAUCUAUCAGUGGCAUACUGUUGAAUAACAACACGGCCAGCGGACGCACCGUCCCUUCUGCAGUGACGGGGCUGCAGGCCGACAACAGACACACCACCUGCAGUAUACAGGUGAGCUGGCAGGAGGCCCGYGGCGUGGCAGACGGAUACAGCCUGCAGCUCCUGGAUGACAGGGGACACCUGGUCACCAACAGCUCCCAGGUAUCCUCCGGCUCCAUGCCGCUCCAGCAUCGCUUCGACGGCCUCAUCCCUGGGAAGAGGUACCGCGUCCUGGUUCACACCACCAGCGGAGGGGUCCACAGCGAGAGCGUCACCGCUGAAGCACGUACACGUCCGGCGGCGGUCAGCGACCUCUCCAUCCAGGCAAACAGCAGCAGCAGCCUGUCCUUCAACUGGUCUCCCCCGCACGGAGAGUUCGAAGGUUACGACCUCUACCUYUACAACGGAGAUGACACGCUGUACGACCGGCGCAGCGGCCAGCCCAGCACACUGCAGGUCUCCUUCCAGGGCCUGAGGCCUGGUGCCCCCUACAGGAUGGUGGUGUUAACACGCAGCGGGGAGCAGACCAACGACUCAGCUAUCUGGGCCAGGACUGUCCCGGCUGCAGUGACCUCCCUCCAGGCACAGAGUCGUAACCAGUCGGAGAUGUUGUGGGUGUCAUGGAAGCGGGCGGUGGGGGAGCUAAGUGGCUACCUGCUGUCCCUCUACAACCCAGAUGGCUCCCAGCAGGCAGAGGAGACGUUAGGGCCAGACACCAUGGAGCACGUCUUCCCCACGCUGAUCCCCGGGCGUCUCUACCAUGCUGUCAUCCUCACACGCAGCGGAGAGCUCACCAACAGGGCCACUGCUCAUGGACGUACCGCCCCCAGACCCCCAACCUCUGUAUCAUUCGGUGGAGUCACCAACACCUCCCUGGAGCUGACCUGGAGUGGUCCUGCAGGCAGCGACUAUGACGACUUUGACCUGCAGUGGGCCCCCAGGGACCACCUGUCUGUAUUCAACCCCUACCACACCCGGACCUCCGGGAGCCGCAUCCUGAAGGGGCUAUACCCAGGACGCCUGUACAACUUCAUCCUGCGUACCGUCAGUGGGGCUGGUGGUGGUGUUGGUGGUGGUGGGAGCUCUGCCUACAGCCCACCCAUCUACAAGAGCAUUCGAACAAAGCCAGAGCGUGUCCAGUACCUGCACUGCCGCCCCCAGAACUCCACCUCCAUCUCCUGCUCCUGGGCCCCUCCGGAGGCCGACUUUGACUCAUACACUAUUGAGUGCCUCCAGGACUCCCACGCCCUGGUGUACUCCCAGCGGACAGGCCGCGACAGCACCCUCUACCACAUCACCCAGCUGGAGCCACACAAGCGCUACACCGUCUCCGUCAAGGCCAUCUCCGACAGCAUGACCAGCGAGGCCGCCGAGGACAGCGUGGUCACCAUGAUCGACCGUCCACCACUUCCUUCCCUGACCACUCGGGUUAACGACAGGGCUGCUCUUGUCACCAAAAACACCAUCUUGUUCAAGUUUAACUGCAGCUGGUUCAGUGAUGUCAACGGAGCCGUCAAGUUCUUCACAGUGGUGGUGAGCGAGUCUGAAGACGAUGAAAACCUUCAACCAGAGCAGCACCACCCUCUACCCUCUUAUCUGGACUACAAAUCCAACAGUUCCAUUAAGGCCUACCAGACCAGCUACUUCCCUAGCCACUGCACAGAGGGGCCAGGAGACAGCGGGACUCAGAGCUUUGAGAUCAGCCUGGGUACAGGCAUGGACACCCUCGGGGGUGGCUGUGACCACCUACAGGCCCUGGACAGGGAGCAGAACCCAGACACACACAGAGACCACAACCCAUUCUGUGAUGGCCCACUCAAACCCAAAACUGCAUACAGGAGUGUGCAGGAGGGGGCAGUGGUCCGAAUGAGCAUGAGGAGAGAGAGGCCCACCUCAGGAGUGCACAUGGGCGUCAGGGGUAAUCGUCGUAUUUCAAGCCCCAURAAGAUCAUGCACUUUGAGUCCCACUACAUUAAACUCCAGGCUGACUCCAAUUACCUACUGUCUGAGGAGUAUGAGGACCUGAAAGACGUAGGAAGGAACCAGCCCCUGGACACAGCCCUGCUGCCAGAGAACAGAGGGAAAAACCGAUACAACAACAUCCUGCCCUACGAUUCGACCCGUGUGAAGCUGUCCUAUGUAGAUGAUGAUCCGUGCUCUGACUACAUCAACGCCAGCUACAUUCCUGGGAAUAACUUCCGUAGGGAGUACAUCGCCACUCAGGGCCCACUUCCUGGAACCAAAGAUGACUUCUGGAAGAUGGUGUGGGAGCAGAACGUCCAUAACGUUGUCAUGGUGACCCAGUGUGUGGAGAAAGGCAGGGUAAAGUGUGAUCACUACUGGCCCUUCGACCAGGACCCUCUGUAUUACGGAGACCUCAUAGUUCAGAUGUUGUCUGAAUCUGUGCUGCCAGAAUGGACUAUACGGGAAUUCAAGAUCUGUAGCGAGGACCAGUUGAACUACUCCAGGGUGGUGCGUCAGUUCCACUACACGGUGUGGCCUGACCACGGCGUCCCAGAGACCACCCAGUCACUCAUCCAGUUUGUCAGGACUGUCAGGGACUACAUCAACAGGACCUCUGGGUCUGGGGCUACCGUGGCUCACUGCAGUGCUGGCGUGGGCCGCACAGGCACCUUCAUAUCCCUGGACAGAGUGCUGCAGCAGCUGGACACCAAGGACAUAGUGGACAUCUACGGAGCUGUCUUCGACCUGCGCCUCCACCGCUCACACAUGGUUCAGACUGAGUGCCAGUAUGCUUACCUGCACCAGUGUGUGAGGGACGUCCUCCGAGCCAGGAAGCUUCGCAGUGAGCAGGAGAACCCCCUCUACCCAAUCUAUGAGAAUGUGAACCCUGACCCCCAACGAGAUAUGGUAUAUGCCAGGCAUUAAAGAUUGUAAGGACUACUGAAGGAGAGAGAAAAAGAAAYCAGUUUGUACUUUCACAAGUAUAGCACUGCAGGGAUACGUGGCAAUUUWAUUUUUCUACUAUUUUUGUUGAUUGUUCUUUCCAGAUAUUAUAUAGUAAAAUGUAUAGCUAUUUAAUUAUAUCAUAUAAUAUGAAGUUUAACUGAAUUGUAUAUACAUGUCUUAUAUCUGUGUGUUUGUGUAUAUGCUAUACAUUUGCAUUAUUGGCAUUUGUACACAGUUUUUUCUUUUUUUUUGUUAAGCUAUCAUUUCCACAUUAUUAUGUGGCACAGACCAAAAAACAUUAUACACCAAAAACUGUAAAAAAUCUGAUAAUACAUAAAUCAAAUUCCUAUAACAGUAUUCACAUAUUCAAUAAGUGUAUAGGCUACUGUAACAUUCACAAGUCACUUUUCUAAAAUGUUAGACAAAAAUGAUUUCUGUUUGAAGUUACACUUAUUUUCAUAAGCACUGAGGACAUACAUAAAUAUAUGAUAUAUGUAUGUAGAUGAACACAUUAUACAUGUAUUUGUAGAUAUUGUAUAAGUGUGAUAUAUCGCUUGAAUAUAAAAAAGGAUUAUCAUAUGCGUUAUGAAAGCACACCGUGUAUGUUGUGCGAUCCACAUUUGUGUGUAGGCUAUGUAAAAUAAGAAUGAUGUAUUUUAUCAUCAUGUCAUGGAACUACAAAUCACACAUCUGAAAAUCCACAACCCUACAUUGUCAACAUGACUGUAAUCAUAUGAGUGAGUGAUUGGAUUCUGUGAAUCGUUACACAAAUGAUAGUAGUUACUGUAUGUAGUUUUCCCAUGUUGCAAUCAAUGUAAGCCUGUAAUCAUAUCAAGAUGAGGGAAUUAAUAUAUUCUUCAAGUGUUUCAAUAAAAUACUUACAUAACUGGAAAAA